CCGCCGCCGGCCCUGGGCGCCGUGUCUCGCCCGUCGGCCGCCGCCGCCGCCGUCACCACCGCGGCGCGCACCGUGCCCGUCAUGGCCGCCGUCGACGCCGCCAAGUACAAACCCAAGAGCGUGGCGGCGCGCGUGGCGACACCGGCUCUGCCCGUGGUGACCGUGCCACCGGCGAGUGGAGGCUUUGGUCAGUCGGUGGCCCAUCUGAAACCGAUCCAGCCGAAACCGACCAUACUGGGAGAGACAUCUGCCAUCAACCCUGCGCUCGAGUCGCUCAGAAAGGACAAGGAGCGACCCAAGAAGCGGCGGAAAGAGAACGGUGCGCGGACGCCCGACGCCAGCCCGCGGCCGGAGGGUGUCGAUCCGUCUCGGUUGGCGCCGCGCACCGCUCCUGGAGUAGUGUCCGGCAGUGUAGUGCCGCCGGUAGUGUCCAGCUUGCCGCUGGGCGUCGGCGCCGGUGCAGUGUCGAGUGGGGUGCCGACCGGAGCGGUGGGGCCGGCCGAGCGGCCCUCGCGGGACGGCACCGCCAGCCCCGCCUACAGUGAUAUCUCCGACGAUGGCGCGCCUGUGGACGCCUCGGGCCGACCGGCGCCGGCCGGGAUCGCAGCCGCCGACAAAAAGGAGCUGCCCGGCGCGCUGCCGCCGUCGAGUGUCUACUACCGUUCGUUUUUCUCUCCGCCGGGUGUGUACGUUCCGCCGCCGGCCGCCGGUAAGCCGGGUGCUGACGGAGUGGACUCGAAGGAGGGGGCGCGCGGCCCACCGCCGGCCGGCGAGUACGCCGGCGGCCAGCUGUCGUACCUGUCGUACCCGUACCUGCCGGCGGCAUACCCGUACCCGGCGAUCGACCCAGCCGGCUACCCGCUGCCCAUGAUGGCCGACCCCAAGUACAAAGCGGCGCUGGCCGGCGAGCGGCCGGCCGUGUCGGUCGGGCCGGGCGGCGCCGGCCCGCCUCCCGCCGAGAGGAGGGAUGCUCUGUCGGACGCCGAGUCAGGCAGGACCUCUGCACCGCCGUCUGCGGAGCCGCGCGCGGCGCACACGGGUUCGGCCGCCGGCCGGGACGCCUCGCCGCAGCCGGCGCCGGCACACCGGCCGCCGCUGGGCACUCCGGCGCGCCCCGGCGGUCUGCCGAGCCAGCGCGGCGCGCCCGUAGCCGUGUCAGUGGCGUCCAAACGGCCGCCGCCCACCUCCUCGGCCGGCCCGGCGCCGCCGCCCACCACGGCCGCCGACAAGCGGCCGGCGGACGCGGCGGCGCUGGCGGCGCGCGCGGCCGCCUACGGCUACCCGUUCGGCCUGCCCGGCAUGCCGAGCCUGCCGUACGGCCCUGUGCUACUGAACGGCGGCUACCCGGCGCGGUUCCCGGUCAGCUCGGCGGCGGCCGUAUCGGCGGCGCCGGAGGACCUCAGCCGCGCCGCCACCACGGCCGCCUCGCGCGCCAGUGAGGUGUCUUCGGCGGCGGUGCGGGGCGCUCCGUACCCGCCGCCGCCGGCGCACCGCCUGCUGGAGGUGCCGGACCGGGCGCGCACCACGGCCAGCGCGGCGCCGGCCUCCUCAGGGGCGGCCGUGCGCGCCGGCUCCCCGGGCAGCCCGCUGUCGGCGCCGCUGAGGCCCGGCCUCGGCUUCCCUCCGCCGGGCGGCUACCACCCGUUCACAGGCGUGCCGGGCGGCGGCCCGAGCCCCAGUUUUGCGCCAAUCAAAUAGAGGUCCCGUGCGGCCGGCCGGCCGGCUUCAGAAGGCUGUGAUAUAGUGGUCGGGCCGGCGCCGCGGGGACCGGGCACAUAUCGACUGCCGCUCGGCCCCCCAGUGUACAAAGACGCCACACUUUGUGACCUCAGAGAGACGAAACUUUGGAGAUGACGCCUGCCACCGGAUUGUCGAAACUCUGCAUUAUUGCUGGGUGGUGGAGUGGGGACUGCGGCUGCCGCCGCGCACCAAUGCUUUCAACGAGCCCCGCUGUGUGUCGGCCCGACGUGGCAGCAGUUCAGAAGUUGCCCCAAUCCUGUGGGAGGUGUUCAUCGAUUUUGUCUUCACGCGUGUUUUGAUUGUUGGCCCCGUUGUGACCAGUGGCGCGGGGGGUUCCGCGGGGACCCGCCUGGUGGCACCGGCUGUUACCGAGCACGCGCGGCCGGAGUCUGUCGGUUGUGCCCCCCCCCCUCCCGCCCCUGUCGGUGGGGGCGGGGCGGACCCCCCUGUCGACGGAGCGGCUGUCGGCCGCGCCUGUGCUGUGGUGCGCUCUUUAGAAAGGCUGUUUCCCGGCUGCCCGUGUUUAGCCGUGCAGGGAUGUGCAUUAUGUGGUGCCGAGUAGGAGAUAUCAUAUAUCUGUGUGUGCUGGUCGCCAGACCCGGCCGUUUCGUUCGAUAUUCAGAGACGGCUAUUAUUGAAUAGUGAAAAUACAGAGCAACAUUAAAA